AUGACUCCACUUCCAUCACCCAGGAAUAGGCCAAAGCCCAUUCUCCGCCACCACACAGGAAAGAAACGUGUCCAAUUUCAUGCGAAAACGAUCGACCUGGAGACUGGCUCUCUCGCACCAGGAAAUGCCGAACCAUCCAAACCUUCCCAUCCAACGACCACUCAAACGAAAGACUCAGCAUUCUUGCAAUCUGGAAACAAAACAUCAAGGAAACAUUCCAAGACAAGAUCUCAAUGGACGUUUAGAAGAGCAAGCUCUCCAUAUCCGGGGAAAAUCUCGCCGGUUUCGCUGCAGUCGUCUCUAGAAUUGAACGAUAAUCGUAGAUCGAGGUCUGCUGCCCAAGCGGUCAAUGCACUGCCACGGAUGCCCAGUCACAUCCAGCGCACAAAAUUCUUCAAAAACCAAAAGCGAUGA